AUGAAGACGAUCAAGCCCUUGCCGGAAGGUGUUCGUCACUCCAUGCGCUCCGGAAUUAUCAUGUUCGACAUGGCGAGGGUCGUGGAGGAACUCGUCUUCAACAGCCUCGAUGCUGGUGCGACCAAGGUGUCUAUCUUCGUGGGUGUUGUUUCGUGCUCCGUGAAGGUUGUGGAUGAUGGAUCAGGCAUUUCCAGAGAUGAUUUGGUUUUGUUGGGAGAAAGAUAUGCUACUUCAAAGUUUCACGGCUACACAAAUGUGGAGUCAACCAGUGAAAGUUUUGGCUUCAGAGGAGAGGCCUUAGCUUCGAUAUCAGAUAUCUCGUUGCUGGAAAUCACGACAAAAGCUAUUGGGAGGCCUAAUGGUUUUCGAAAAGUGAUGAAGGGAUCCAAGUGUCUACAUCUUGGAAUUGAUGAUGGUAGAAAAGACUCUGGCACGACUGUAACGGUCCGAGAUCUAUUUUACAAUCAACCAGUGAGACAGAAAUAUAUGCAAUCCAGCCCCAAGAAAGUGUUGGAGUCGAUAACAAAGUGUGUGUUCCGGAUUGCCCUUGUGCACUCUAAUGUCACCUUCAAUGUUCUUGAUAUCGAAAGUGAUGAUGAACUUUUCCAAACCAAUCCUUCUUCUCCAGCAUUUUCGCUACUGAUGAGAGAUGCAGGGACCGAGGCUUCGAGUUCUCUUUGUAAAGUAAACGUUACAGAUGGCUUGCUGAAUGUCUCUGGGUAUAUAUCUGGUCCUGGAGAUAGUUUCAAGGCUUUGCAGUAUAUAUAUAUCAAUUCAAGAUUCAUAAGCAAAGGGCCCAUACAUAAGCUGCUGAACAACCUGGCUGCUAAUUUUGAGUGUACGGAUGACUGGAAGCCUACAGAUGGGAUACAACCAGGAAGACGUAACAGAAUUCUAUCCAAUCCUGGUUACAUUUUGUGCAUAACAUGUCCUCGUCAUCUCUAUGAACUCUCGUUUGAACCAUCAAAGACGAAUGUUGAGUUCAAGAAUUGGGAACCUAUACUUGGCUUUAUAGAAAGAAUCAUUCUCGCCAACUGGAAGAAAGAUACAAGUCUUGAACUUUUUGAUGGAGGAGCUGACCUACUGGCAAAAGUUGAUAGACAAGACCUGAUUGAUGACAUGGGUAGACUUCAAGAAGAUGCAGAGUGGCCAGAAGCUAUGGAACCUACAAAAAAGAAGCUCAAGAGAUGUAAUGAUCAGGCACCUUGUAGUUUUCUCUUUCCCCCGUCUGAAGACUUUAAAAGAGAUGACGAUUAUAUGUCUCAAGGAAAGGACAAAUGGUCUCCAAAAUAUACACUUGAAGUGAAAAUUCAGAAUCUCAAAGAGCAAGACACUGUAGCUGAAUAUGUCCGCCAGAGUAAUUCUCUUCUACAGUCAUGUGACAUAGAAAUGCAAAAGAAUGAAGACUUUCCACAAGCUACUGGCCUAGAAAGAAGCUUGGUUUCUGGCGCUAAGUGCAGCAGACAGUUUCUAACAAGAUGCCAGAUUAGCACACCUCUCAACAUCAACCAUGAGUUUAUGAAAGAUUCAGACGUAUUAAAUUUUCAGUUCGAAGAAUUUAAAGAUGAGUUGGAUGUGAGCAAUUCCAUUGGGAAGCAUCGCUUGCGUGGUUCCUCUUCAAGAGGAAGCCUAGCUCUUCAUGAGCCUAAACUAUGUCAUGGUGAAAGGUCUGAAUCUGUCAUGCCAAUGAUACUUAAUGAAGAACGAAGUAAUUCACUGAUUCAUGUCCUAGAGACCAGAGAAGGUGGUUCUUACAGUGAUGUUUUUUCUGAUACUCCUGAAUAUCAUGGAAUGUCCAGGACUCCUAAUUGUUCCCUAGGGAGGCCAUGGCAGGGUAGUGAUUGGUUUACUCCACAACGUUCCUCAGAUAGCACAAGUGAUGGAGUUGGUAAAGAUUUUAACAUCAACCUCGUAGAUACUGCGGAAUUUUGUUCUGAUGAAGACAAAUUUGUCGAGAAAAAGUUCUAUUCCUCUGUCAAUCUGGGGUGCUUUGGUCCUGAUAGUUUCCGUUUGAAUUCUGAGUGGUCUCCAAUGUUCUCCACACCUCCUUCUGCGACCAAGUGGGAGUCUGAUUAUCAGAAAGAACCUGAUGAUUUGGAGUGUUUGACACAACCUUGUAAUGCAUCUCCUAUGCAUCUUAAGGGCAGUAUCCUUGAUGAUGAGUCAUAUGACCACAUACAAGAAACGGAAAAAAGCUUGAGUUCGGCCUCGGACUUGAAAGCAUCUGCUGGUUGCAGGACUGUGCACUCAGAGACCCAAGAUGAGGAUGUAGACGAAGACUUCAACUCAGAGGAAAAUCUGGAUCCAAUUAAAUCCACAACGAAAUGGCGCCAUAACUGUUCAGUCUCUCAGGUUGCCAAAGAAUCACACGAGCUUCAUGACCGAGAUAGUGUACUUGAUAUAUGUUCAGGAUUUUUGCACCUCCGAUCCGAUGAAUCCUUGGUUCCUGAAUCUAUACACAGACACUCCCUUGAAGAUGCCAAGGUUCUACAACAAGUUGAUAAAAAAUAUAUUCCACUCGUUGCUUGUGGAACAGUUGCCAUUGUUGAUCAGCAUGCUGCCGAUGAAAGAAUUCGUUUAGAGGAGCUGCGUAAAAAGGUCCUGGCUGGGGAAGCAAGGACAGUCACCUACUUGAGUGCAGACCAAGAGUUGGUACUGCCAGAGAUGGGUUAUCAGUUACUCCAGAGCUAUUCAGAGCAGCUAAGAGACUGGGGUUGGAUCUGCAACAUUAAUGUAGAAGGCUCAACAUCCUUUAAGAAGAACAUGAGCAUCAUCCAACGGAAACCAACUCCCAUCACACUUAAUGCGGUCCCAUGCAUUAUGGGUGUAAAUCUAUCAGAUGUUGAUCUAUUGGAGUUUCUUCAGCAGCUUGCUGAUACUGACGGAUCAUCAACAAUUCCUCCAUCAGUUCUUCGAGUCCUAAAUUCCAAAGCAUGUAGAGGUGCAAUUAUGUUCGGAGAUUCUCUGUUACCCUCAGAAUGCUCUUUAAUCAUCGAAGGACUGAAGCAGACCUCACUUUGUUUCCAGUGUGCUCAUGGGCGACCAACGACUGUUCCUCUAGUAAAUUUGAAGGCAUUGCACAAACAGAUAGCAAAGCUCGAUUCUAGACAACCAUGGCAUGGGUUCGAACGCAGAGAAAUCACACUUGAUCGUGCUAAGUCACGCUUAGAUGAAGCUAAAAGCUGA